CCCACAUGCCCGAGGAGCCAGGGGCCAACAUGGACCUUCCUGUCACUAUCAGCUGAGUCUGGAAGCCUCAUCCCCGGGGAGGCCAUGGAGAGGGACAGCCGCCCGAAUGCUUCCCCGGCAAGGACUCCAGCCCGGGCAUCACCUUCCAGGUCCUCCUCCGGCACGUCACCGUCCGGCAGGUCACCGUCCGGCACGUCACCGUCCGGCAGGUCACCGUCCGGCACGUCACCGUCCGGCAGGGCACCGUCCGGCAGGUCACCGUCCGGCAGGUCACCGUCCGGCAGGUCACCGUCCGGCAGGUCCUCCUCCGGCACGUCACCGUCCGGCACGUCACCGUCCGGCACGUCACCGUCCGGCAGGUCACCGUCCGGCAGGUCACCGUCCGGCAGGGCACCGUCCGGCAGGUCACCGUCCGGCACGUCACCGUCCGGCAGGGCACCGUCCGGCAGGGCACCGUCUGCCAGGUCGGCCUCCACAGCAUCCCCUCCGAGGAGAGUGCACCUGGUCAGAGCAACACCUCUGGGGGCCACGCCCAUCCGGGCCUCUCCUGCCGCGUCAGCACCAGCCACCAGGGCCACCGGGGAGACGCCAGGUGCCCGCUCGCCCAAGUUCUCCUGGCAGGAGGGUCAGAAGCGGCUGCCGCUCAUCGGGUGCAUCCUCCUGCUCAUCGCGCUGGUGGCUUCGCUCAUCCUGCUCUUCUACUUCUGGAGGGGCCACACGAGGAUCAAGUACAAGGAGGCGGUGGAGAGCUGCCCCCGGCACGCUGUGCGCUGCGAUGGCGUGGCCGACUGCAAGCUGAAGAGUGACGAACUGGGCUGCGUGAGGUUUGACUGGGACAAGUCUCUGCUCAGAGUCUACUCGGGCUCCUCCCACCAGUGGGUCCCCAUCUGCAGCGACAGCUGGAACAGCUCCUACUCCGUGAAGGCCUGCCAGCAGCUGGGCUUUGAGAGUGCUUACCGGACAGGCGAGGUGGCCUCCCGGGAUGCCAUCAGCAGCUUCUCCGUCUCCAAAUACAACUCCACCCUCCAGGAAAGCCUCUACAGAUCUGAAUGCCCUUCCCAGCGGUACGUCUCUCUCCAGUGUUCCCACUGCGGACUGAGGGCCCUGACGGGGCGGAUCGUGGGCGGGGCACUGGCCCCCGAGAGCAAGUGGCCUUGGCAAGUCAGCCUGCACUACGGCACCACCCACAUCUGCGGGGGCACUCUGAUCGACGCCCAGUGGGUGCUCACGGCUGCCCACUGCUUCUUUGUGACCCGGGAGAAGGUCCUGGAGGGCUGGAAGGUGUACGCCGGCACCAACAACCUGCACCAGCUGCCCGAGGCGGCCUCCAUCGCCCAGAUCAUCAUCAACGGCAACUACUCCGACGAGCAGGACGACUACGACAUCGCCCUCAUGCGCCUCUCCAAGCCCCUGACCCUGUCCGCUCACAUCCACCCGGCCUGCCUCCCCAUGCACGGACAGACCUUCAGCCUCAAUGAGACCUGCUGGAUCACAGGCUUCGGCAAGACCAAGGAGACAGAUGAGAAGACGUCCCCCUUCCUGCGGGAGGUGCAGGUCAGCCUCAUCGACUUCAGGAAGUGCAAUGACUACCUGGUCUACGACAGCUACCUCACCCCCAGGAUGCUGUGCGCGGGGGACCUGCGGGGCGGCCGCGACUCCUGCCAGGGGGACAGCGGGGGGCCCCUGGUCUGUGAGCAGAACAACCGCUGGUACCUGGCAGGGGUCACCAGCUGGGGGACGGGCUGCGGCCAGAGGAACAAGCCCGGCGUGUACACCAAGGUGACGGAGCUCCUGCCCUGGAUAUACAGCAAGAUGGAGAGCGAGGUGCGCCUCCGGAAGCCCUGAGCGGCCUGCCUACCUCACCACUGCUGCUGGAGGCUGCGCGGCCGGCCGUGGGCACCUGGCUCAGGCCCCCGACCCUUCUCCGCCGCUCCCUGCCUGCUGCUCAGCGAACAUGCAACGUGCGUG